UCUCGGCGUUCUGCUUUGUUGCUUUGCGUUUUAAAGGAGCGUAUCUUUUUCUACUUGCGGUACUUCACGCUCCGUUGUCUGUCUUGUCUGAAACCCUUUAGCGCCUCUAUUAAUAGACAUGUCGAGUUUAGAAUGACGAAGAUCAACCAAAGCGAAGAGGAACCCCUCUGUUGCUGCGAAUACAUAUCCCAGUUUGGACAACGUUCUCACGUGUUGGCCUGCCUCUGUGAUUGCGAAGCCUUGGAUGAAUGCUUUGACAGGUUGUUUACGUGCCGUCGUGUUUCGAGGUCUACCCUUUCCCGUGUGAAACUGACCUCCAUGGACCGCCUGCGAAUUCCAUGGGCUGGAGGUGCCAAGAGAGUGGAUGUGGAUGUGAUAUUUGCAGUUAUUCUGCUUCCAUCUGUGUUACUCAUUGCCUGUCUAGGAUGGACAGCCACAUUGUUCAGUUUCCUGGCGAUGCCCAUUGGGCUUUAUGUGAUACACUGGCACUCCAUAAAGACCAAGCGAAGAACUAAGUUCUUUGCAGCAUGGACAGCAACGUCAUUUGUGAUGCUCGUUGGAGUGUUCCAGCUUGAAGUAGUUCCUUACCUCGAGAUUCUCUUUUCUGAGAACCUCCUCCUCAUGACUGCAGUAGCUUUCACAUGCAUAUGCAGUUCUAUUGUGCGGUCUGGUCCUGGGAUACCUGCUCCUCCUCCCACUGAUGCGAUGUCACAAGGCAUAACGGUGGAGGAAAUCCAGGAGCCCACCAAGUGUGGAGUGUGCCAUGUGGUUCGGCCAGCCAGGUGCAGCCAUUGUUCCAUCUGUGGGCACUGUGUCUUGCGCAGGGAUCAUCAUUGUGUAUGGUUGGAUACAUGUGUUGGUGAAAAGAACCAUCGUGCUUUCGUGUUGGGCCUCGCUGGCUUGGUCGUCUCCCUCGUCUAUGGGGCUAACCUGACGCUGACCACAGUGUGCUACCCCAAAAUGCUAUGGGGCAUCAUUCUAAUUCCAGAGUCCUGUACAGAUGUCUACGAGGAUGUUCAUAUAGCCCUGUGCUACGUGUGCGGCAUCUACGCCCUUCUCUUAGCGUGCCCGGUUGCCCUGAUGCUCCUCCAACAGCUGUGGUUGAUUUCUCUCAAUACAACUAUCUAUGACCUGAAGAAGCAUAGAAUAGCUGUAUAUAGUAAAGGUCCAUGGAAAAAUUGUUGCGCUUUCUGGCUUCCAGAUACGUGAUAGAAGUGUGACGGAGGUGGCCUAACAUGGUGCUCUGUACAGUGUGAACUCUUCUGUAUCGGAGCCCUUGGAUUCCUGUUGUUUAUGUCCAGGCGCAUAAUUCCUAUGGAAGGCACGAUACCCUCACUGAAUAUGUGGCCGCUGUUCAGCUGAAUGGAUGUAUUGCGAACACUCCGCUGCCAUAUUUAUUGGAAUGCGUUGUUGUACUCUCCAGUGGUCACAUCUAUCGUACAACUAUGUGCUAGUGCCCCACAACCAUGUGCAGUUUUGCUGUUAAUUUUAAGCAUAUUCCACUUGCAAGAGGACCGCAGUAUCCUAAUCAACUAUGGAUCAGAGGCAUGAUUAUUUUGAUGCAUAAAUCCAUCAAGUAUUCCAUAAUAUGCUGUUGCAUAAUGAAAUGUGUUAUGAAGUUACAUUGAAAACACAAAGGUACUGUAAAAGUAGAAAUUUUUGCGAGGAACUAAUUUUCGCGAUUAAGAUUUUUUUCGCGAAUUUAAAGUCCCGCGAAAUACACUUACCGAUGUCAUGGAGAAAAAAAAGCUUCGAAAUUCGCGACCAACAGCAGACGGCACUCAAGAGUUUCGUUUUGGAGUCAGUGAUUUAUUAGCGCGUAUACAGCUUUAUAGCAUUCAAUAGCUCUCUUACAUUCACUCUACAUGAUUCACGAUGCUCCCGAUGAUGCCGGCCUUCGUAAACCCGGUAAUAAUGUCACUCUUGCGGCUUUCAAGUUGUUUAUAGGCCUCGAUGAGCCACCCAGCAUGUAUGGGCUUCAUGACACUGCUGCGGAGAUCAGCUUUCGUGAGAUCCCCCGACCGCCUGUCCAUCAACACUCGCACCUGUUCGGCAUACCAUCCUGUGAACAGGUUCCUCAUAGUCGCCUUAAAAACCUUGUUCACGGCGAGAUCGUUUUGCUGCAGUUCACCUGUGCAGCUUGCAGGGACGAACACACACUUGAUAUUAUUGUCCGAGAGCUUCUCAAGAAAACUCUUGGUCCUGUGCGCCGCGAAAACAUCGAAGAUGUACAGUGCUGCUUGGUCAGAAUUCCCACUGGCUACUCGGUGGCCCUCAAUGUAAGGCACCAGGACACUGUCUACGAAGCGCAACAUCGUCGCCUCGUUGCUCCAAUGGUUUUCCCGAGUUGCCAAACGUCCAAGUUCUUGGGGGAAUGCGACUUUUGGGUGACACCUGUCUGUCUUUCCAGCGUAGAUUACCUGUGGCGGGAGCAAAUGACCGGAGAGCGUUGUUGACAUCAGCACCGUAAUUUCUCUUUUGUCAUCCAAUGCUUCUACGCCAACUUGCCUGGCGCCAUGUUCUUCCAUUGUCCACUCACCCACUGGCGCUAGUUUCACUCCAGUCUGGUCGAAAUUGAUGACGAGCUCGUCAGGAAUCCCCAGGUCAGUCCUAAGGGUAGAGAUGGCCUCCAGAAACUUCUCUUUCAUCAAGCUGAAGUCCGCUGGGAGCUUCCGAGCGGCUUUCGUUGCCUUCCUGCGAACAAAUCCCAGGCGCUUCAAGAAAGACUUCGCCCAUGGCUUGUCGAGAAUGAUGGUUCCACCGUAUUCCGGCAAGAGUGACGGUUUCCGAGCCCUGACGAUCCCCAAGGCAGCAGCAAUGCAAAUCUGUGCGUUAACAACGCCACCAGAUGUCCUCAGCUCUCGAAUGUACGCCUGGACCUCUGCAUCGAGUUCCCCAAGGACGGGCUUGGCUCCGCGAGGGUUACGGGGAAGUGAAGAAAGUUCUCUGAUUGCAUCACUGUGGGUCUGCUGACACUUCUUAAAUGAAUCCUUUAUCGAGCGGACAGUGCUCUUGCUGACAGGUGUUCCAAGUUCCGAUGAGAAUUUCGCAACGCGGCUUUGUUCCCAUUUUCAAUAGCGAACCCUGCGAUCUUGCAUCGGAGUUCCGGCGUGUUGUUCUUAUAGGAUCCACGCUGAUGCUUUCGAUGCUGCUGGUCGAUAACCUCCCGGAAUACUUGUUCAUUGCCAGAAGAAAAUGCACGUCUGUCCCCUGUUGUUAUGAGCAGUCCGGCAGUCCGUGGACAUACUCGCUGGGAGACAACGAUGGCUGAGGCGAUGCGGGCUUGAAAUACCGCAGCAGAGACAUGGCACUUGCACACCAUGGAAGGAACUGACUGACUGACUGACUGACUGAGAAGUUGCUGUCGUCACAGUAAGAAGUUGGUAACAAGGUUGACUAGCACAGGGUCAGCGGGACACUGGCCUAUAUUCCGGCUUAGCACCCAAGACGCUUCCAGGAUUCCGGAGAACGCCAUGAACUCCACGCCACCGAGUUUCGGGAACAGGAGUUCAGGAGGUCACAACAAAGGCGUCAACCCCCAGGUCUGCCUUUUGUUAAUGUACGGGCAUAUUUCCUGGACGACAGCAACGUGUUGCACAAAAGCGAUUAAGUUUCGGGAACAGAAGCCGAGGCGGUCAAAAUAGAAGGUGAUGAUCCGCUGGUGUGUCUUUUUGUAGGCACGUUUAAUCCCCUGGUCGGAAACGGGUUGUGACACAAAGAGACCCGGAAUCGCGAAUUUAAGGUCUCGCGAAAUAUUCGUCGAACGGGCCCUGCGCUGGAUUCGCAAAUAAUUAAGACCGCGAAAUUAACAACUUUUACAGUAUGUAUGUCUCAACUACAUUUAAUUAUAUUUUUCGGUUUAAAUGUUUAACGUAAUUCCAGAAGCUUGCAUAUCAUAUCUAGAGGUGUGAGUGGGUGCAAGUAGGAAUUCAAUGUCGCUGCGGGUUGCUGGUAAAAUGAGGGUGUCCCACAGUGCGUGUACUGAUAGUGCAGGUGAGAUCACAUUACCAACAUCCCCUAAGCUAACCUUUCGCGACCCUAACUUGUUCAUCCAUUUUUGCACUUUCCCCAGGUUUCAUCGAGAAAAAUACAAAAAGUCAACUUUUUCGCAUAACUCACGGUGACUUGACUUUUCACCGAAACACAUGUGGCUUCCACUUGGAUAGCUGACAAAUUCGACACCAAACAUUAAGCGAAACAGCACGCGUUUGUGGAAAUGCGUUUUCUUUCCUGAUUUGUUUCGCUCUGUUAUUUGCGUGUUGAAAAUUCAGUGUCUUUGUAGGAUGCGGGUAAUUGCGGGUGCACUCGCACUGCGUCUGCAGGUAUUGCAGGUGUACCUGCAUCAGACUCCGUGGGUUGCGUGUACAAAUUUACUUUCCCGUGCACACCUCUAAUCAUAUUGGGAGUGUGCAUGCCACACGAUCGGACCAUGUAGAGAAUGCCACUGUGCACAUGUUGCACUUAUAUAUGUUAUACCACAUAUACAGUGACAUUGUUCAUAAUUAUUUGCAUGUAUUGUUCAGUGCAUGGAGACAGUUCACCUGGAGGAACAUAAAGAAUUCCUACAUUUUAGUCGUUUAAUUGUUUAUCACAUACGCCUCAAAUUUUGCAAGCCCUUUUUUCUUCAACCUGUGCGUAACAAUGGUAUUCUAGAAUGCAGGCUUGCAGGCUAACAUUUUGAGACUACUGCCAAGUGGCCUAAGGCAUGAUGCUCAUUUAGUCUGACAUUUAAACAUUUACCAUUCUGCACAUGCUGCUGUUUAUUCUGCACAUGCUCAGCAUUGUGUCCUUUCCUAACCGAGAAGUAUUUCUGAUGCAAUAAAUAUUUUUUAGAAAUGGUGGUACCUUAUGCACAUGAACUUGCACAUGCCUCCGAACUUGUCAGUCUUAUCCAAGAAGCUGCACUAACAUAUACUGGUGUACAAACUGUGCUGUGAUACCAUGUUGUUCAAAACUUGUUUUCAUAUAAGCAGAUCAGGCAAUCGCAAAAUUACUGAUGCACGUUGUUCCUCUGAGCCACAGAAACAAUAUUUUUCCCAUAUAACUGACUUGGGUACCUCUAGUAAGUACAGUGAAUCUUGGCUAUAACAGCCCCACUUAUAACGAAUUUCCGGUUAUAACGAACACAUCGCAAACAACCGUCAAUAUUAAACUCAAUGUAACGAGACUCCACUUGUAACGAAUUUCAGGAUAUAACGAACAGUUUCCAUGCGACCGUCAAGUUCAUUAUAAACGGGAUUCACUGUACUUUGCUUGGUGGGAGUAGAAAAAUUUUGCAGAAAAUACGCAUAUUCAGCCAGUGCUUGGUGCAGUGCAGCUACUGUUGCUUUUGUGCCAUAAUGCAUCCUCCCACCAUCAUCCCAUCCCAAAAUUGCUGGGUUCACAUGUUGGCACAUGCUAAAGGGGUGGCCCAUGUGAUAUUUAUUUCAGUUUAUUUCAUACAUGUAAAAGGUGACUUCAUGUGUAGUAUCUGAUGUUACAAAUGUUUACGAUGAAGAGUGAUCAGGUCAGAUUCCAGGUGCUUAUUAUUGUUAUUUAUGGCAUAUUCAGUGACAGCACAUAUUCAACAUUAGCCACAUUGCUUAUAGAUAAGCUGAGUAGUGUUUAGAGGCUUCCUCUUGGCUGCUUCUCUGAGUGAUAAUUCACUAUUGUAGUACGUUUGUGAUAUGGUGAUAUAGGUGAUCAAUUCCAGACUGAGCAAAUAAAAAUUUUCACAGCCUGCAAGAAAGUUGAACAUGUUGUAAAGCUUCGAGUUUUGUGAAAUGAUGUAUACUGGAUAGAGGAUACAAAGUUAAAGGGACUAUCAGGUCCGGAAACGUGUGUAUGAGACCGGUACAGUAAUAUUUUGCACCACUGCACAGUCUACUUGGUCAAAUUUCUCUUCCGGAAAUACCUUACAUAUUAAAUAGGAGUGUUACAGAUUCACACUGUCUCUAUACCUAAGGAAGCCCCGGCAAGAGUAACAUCAUAAUUUACCUGAUCAAUAGUAAUUUAUGCUUCUGUGUGACAUGACCAAUGAAAAUGAUUGGGUCUCUGACAUCAUCAUAGUGUAAAGUUUCUAGUGAGUGUAAGAAAUGAUCAUGAUAGUAGAUAUAGAAUAAUUAUUGCUUGCUGUAAUUUUGUUCUUCAGACAUUGAUUGAGUGCUUGGUUAUGAUUUGAUAUGCUUUGAUAUCGCUAAGUUUGUUCCACUGAUGUCAAAUGACAUGAACAUGGUGUAAGAUUUGUACUGAGUGUUUGAUAUGAGGACUAUUGGUAGCUUUAUGAUAGGCUUUGAUAUCUAGAUUGUUGUUGUACUUGAACUUAAGUAGAACUGUUAUGCACUGUAUGAUUCUAUUCCACUGAUUUGACUUGAAAAUUUGUAUUGAGCGUUAUGCGUAUGAUACAUCGAUAGAAUAAUUAUUGCAUGCUUUA